AUUAAUUCGUUGACCAACUAAGCUUCCUCAAACAGCUUUACCAUCCAGUUCAUCAAUGGCCCUUGUUGACCCUUCUUGCUUAGACGUGUAUUCUUCUUCUUCUUCUUCCUCCUCCUUAAAUAUAUCUCUGCUUCCAAGUGGGUUUGUCAUUUUGGUCUCUAAGCUUUUAUGGGUUUUCAAGGUUGAUUGCUUUUAGGAGACAAUUUCUCACUUUAAAGCUCUUCUUUUCUGCCAUGGGAAACUGCUGUAGAAAACCUGCCAAGUGUGCUCAUGCUUCUUCUGUCAACUUUUGUGAUAGCACAAAUCCAGGUAGCAAUGCCAAGAUUGUUUCAACAGCAUCGUCCCAGGACCCACCAUUAGGAGAUUCUUUGCCAACCAAAGUUAAUAUAUCUAUUUCCAGCACAGUUAAGUCCUUUAGCUUCAUUGAUCUCAAGAAUGCCACGAAGAACUUCCGAUCAGACAGCCUACUUGGAGAGGGAGGAUUUGGGUGGGUCUUCAAAGGAUGGAUUGAUCCAAACACAUUUGCUCCUGCUAGACCAGGCACUGGGACGGUGGUGGCUGUCAAGAGGCUCAAGCGAGAGAGCUUUCAAGGGCACAAGGAAUGGCUUGCAGAAGUGAAUUAUUUAGGUCAGCUUCGCCACAAAAACCUUGUGAAACUCAUAGGCUAUUGCUCAGAGUCUGACAAUAGACUUCUUGUCUAUGAGUUUCUGCCAAAAGGAAGUUUGGAAAACCAUUUAUUUAGGAAAGGGGUACAACCUAUUUCUUGGGCUACACGCAUGAGCAUUGCUAUUGACGUUGCACAGGGGUUGUCUUUCUUGCAUAGUUUAGAUGCUAAUGUCAUCUAUCGUGAUUUAAAGGCUUCCAACAUUCUACUUGAUUCGGAUUUCAGUGCUAAACUUUCUGAUUUUGGCUUAGCAAGAGAUGGUCCUACUGGUGAUAAUACUCAUGUUUCAACCAGAGUACUGGGAACUCGAGGCUAUGCUGCCCCAGAAUAUGUAGCUACUGGACACUUGACUCCAAAGAAUGAUGUAUACAGCUUUGGUGUAGUCUUGUUAGAAUUGCUAUCAGGAAGACGAGCAAUGGACGAUGAUAAAGUUGGUGGUGCGGAAGAAACAUUGGUAGAUUGGGCGAAGCCAUUCUUGAGUGAUAAUAGACGCGUUUUAAGAAUCAUGGACACAAGGUUAGGUGGUCAAUACUCCAAAAAAGCAGCUCAAGCAGCAGCUGCACUUUCUGUGCAGUGCCUCCACACAGAUCCAAAGAAUAGGCCACUGAUGAUCGAUGUUCUAGCCAAAUUGGAACAGAUUCAUACAUCUAAAGAUGUUUCGAUCACCAGACAAUCUAGCGAUCAUCAUGGCGGCAGGCAUUCAAAUCAUCAUCACAAGACUGCAUAAUAGAAUAGAAAAUGUUACAUAAAAUUUUGUCGACCAUUGUUGUACGGAAAAGGCAUCUUUUAUACUGGGUAUAGUAUAUACAUACAAAUACAUAUAGGAAAAGUCUCCUAUUCAGCUUUUGGUUUGAAAACCAACAACAAAAAUCACAGUCAACUCUUGCUCUUUGAAUGUGGUUGAUUUGUUGUGCAAUCACAGGGAUCAAGUAGUUCAUGUAAAUAGAGUUUUUUCUCAUUCCCUUCAUCAGGGAACUGUGGAAUUAUAUUGAAUCAAUUUCUUAGAAGUAUUUGAUUGUGUAUCAUGGCGUUAAACCUCAUUAAGGGAGAGCAGAAUGAAAGUAUACAAUACAGAGGUGUUUGGUUAGUGAUA